AAGUUCUCCAACAAUCUUCCUCCUGUACAAUUUGUAUUUAUCAUACUUCUCUAUGUCACGCCGCAAACUUAGCUUGGUUAUUCUUCUGACACUUUUUUUUUUUUAUUGAACUAUCCGUUUUCCUAUAAAAAUGCUUACUACACCGUUAUCGUCAUUUAAUUGUGUUAUAUCAUGCCAAAUUUUCUUACUUAAGCCCGAGUUCCAGCAAUUCCAAUGUAUCUUUACACGAACCAAUUCACUCAGUUUUUCUAACCGCCAUAUCUCUGUUUUCUGUUAAGAUGGGCUUUUGAAAUUUGAAACAUAGAUUCAGCUCGAGUAGCUUAGGAGACUGUAAAAAUUUGAGCCAUUAAUAGAAAGCAUUUUCAAAAGGGGAGAAUUUCAAAGUUUCAAUUUUUGUUGCUGACCGACUCAUCAUCAAAAAUUACCCAUUUAGGUAGAUAAGUGAAAUUUGACACAAAGGUGUGUAUGUCUUAUAGUUUAACUAAAGGUAAAAAUCUGAAAGUAACAAUUUUCUACAAAUUUAGGAAGAAUAGUUCUAAAUGCAUGAAGUGAACAUGCACACAAAUAUUGCUUGAUUAGAUUAGCAUUAAUUAAUCACAGAUCCCCGCGCCGUCGAAACAAACGUUCUCUUCCACAGUGCCAAAAUAUGCCAUAUGGCAUUAAGCAAUUGUUUGUAAUUGACAGUAAAUACUUAUCAAACAUAAUGUUUUCAUGACUUUAUUGUAUUUUAUUUUAUUUGUCAGUCAUCAAAUGCAGAAUAUUUUGAUAUUAAAUAAUAAUAUCAUUUUUUAAUUAAGUCUAUAUAGUCUAUACUCCACCUACUACUCCACACGCACAUACACAUUGUCAACAUGCGUCUAUAACAACACUAUCUAACAAUCUCAGAGUCAUACAAUAUUAUGGUUUUUAUGUCUAAGUUGCUCAAAGUGACUGAUUUGUUUGAAAUAUAAAUAUGAACUGAUUUGCUUAUACCUAAAUAUAUUAAAAGAAUUAGAUUACAUACGAUUGACGGAAACAGAGCGUUGUCAAACAUUCUCACCGUAUAGCUGUGUAAUAAAUUUAAGUAGAGAGAAAUAACCAAUAAUCAGAGUUAAAAUGGAUUGGUAUAACCACGGAAUCGUAAUAAAAAUGGAAGAGGACGAAGACGUGAAGGAGCAUUUUACCGAAGUAAAAAAAAAACAGAACCACAUCACGUUGAAAAAUCAUACAAUAAUUCUCCGACAAACCAUAACGAACAUCAGAAAAAUAUUGACGGGUUCCCUGAAUCGAAAAUAAAAGUUGAAGACGAAACGGAUAAUUAUUACAACGAAAAAGUAAUAGAAGAAGACUAUGAUGGUAUAAAAGAGGAAUGUACUGAAAUAAAUGAAACGAAGUCGACUAACAUCGAAAAAUCAUGUAAUAGUCGCAUGACGACUCAGAACGAUUUUCAAAACACAUUCGACGGAUAUAUAUACAAUAACAUGGAAGUGUGCAACACCACGGUGGUUAAAGUCGAAGCCGAUAUAGUGAAUGGACAUUAUUACGAGUCCUUGAUUGAAAUUGAAGAAAAUGGGCUUAUGUAUGUGCAGCCUACGAUCAAUGAUUUGGACAAAAUACAGCAAUCGUGCGAUUCGACCAACCAUAAAAGCACUAGAAAACCAUUCAGCAAGAAAAGUCUUGUGGUCACUGGUACGAGUCAUGGAGAGAAUAAAAAAAUUGAUGGUUGUCAUAUGGAGUCUUGUAUAGAAAAAAAAUACAAUUAUAUAAUACCUAAUGAUAACAAAGAGGACUUCAAAGAACAGCGGUUAUUUCAGUGUAAUUUUUGUCGAACUUAUCACACUAUAAAGCAAAAACCAUUACAUGAAAACUCGCCCUUUGCAAUACACACUACUAACAUACAUUUCUGUGACGAUAAACACAACUUUUUUUUCUUCUUCAACUUGGAUAAUAAAAUUCACUCCAUUAAUACUCUAGCUCGUAUAAUUGAUGAAAACCUUCAAAUAGGCAUAUCAAAAAGAUUCUCCAUAGAAGAAAUCCUUAACAUAUGUUGUCAAACAGAAUUUUUUCUAUUUUUUACCUGUCAUCUAUGGGACAGAAAAUAUUUAUCAAACUUUACAAAAAUUUACAAAUUAAUUGAGAUUUUCGCCAUGACACUAAUGUACAUAAAUUAUGCCAACUUAUUAUCUGUCAGAUUAUUAGCUAUAAAAAUAGGAAAAUUUAACACCGAUAAUAUAUCGCAACACUUAUUAGAAAGAAACCAAUGUAAUGAAUAUUUAUUUUUUUAUUGGAACAGAAUUAUCACAAAAUAUAUAAUUCUUUUAAAAAAAAUAAUUUACACCCCAUAAUCGUACGUACACUCAUGCACUUCCAUAAUACUCACUGUCUCAGUCACACAUCAAUUUCACAAGAAGCCAUAAUAAAAAAUGAAGAGAACACUCAAUCGGUCCCUAACGAACUCGGAAACAUUUAUUUCUUCAUCCGCAAAUUCUCCGCUCACUGUAAUAAUAUUUAAUAUAAUUAAUGAAGCACAAAAUAUUAUAAACCAAAUAGGUUGGCAAAAUUAUGAACUAAUAAUAUUAUACCGACUCCUUUUAAACUUUAAUUUUAUCUAAGAAAAUACUCAAAGCACACAAUAUUAAG